GGGAGGAAGGCCCCCGGCGCAGGCCCCGGAUAUUUGUGUCAGCGCCGCCGGUACCGUCCCAGCCGAUGGGUCGGGACACACGCUCGCGUUCGCGGUCCGCUGGUCGCAGGAACCGGAGACAGCGGAGUAGGAGCGGAAGUCGGAGCCGAAGUCGGAGUGGGAGCCAUGGGCGGAGAAGCCGACGGCGCCGGGACGACGAGGGGCGGCGCAGGCGGAGGCGGAGGAGCCGGGAUCGCAGGUCAGAUUCAGAUGAAGAGCGGUGGCGGCAGCGGCGAGGCAGGCAGAGCCGGAGCCCCCCACCGCCCCACUGGCGCUCCCAGGACCUGUCCUCUCAGUCCGACUCUGGCGAUGAACGGCAGCAACAGCGGGGCCGAUGGGCCCGCCGGCGCCGGCAAACACGCUCCUGGACCCCGGGCUCCUCGGCGUCUAGCUCUGCAUCCCCAGACCACCCCGCAAGCCCCCGGGAGGCAGCGGAAGCCCUGAGCCAGCGGCAGAGCCUGCAGGAGCGACUGAGGCUGCGUGAGGAGCGGAAGCAGCAGGAGGAGCUGAUGAAGGCCUUUGAGACACCUGAGGAGAAGCGGGCACGGCGGCUGGCCAAGAAGGAGGCCAAGGAGAGGAAGAAGCGGGAGAAGAUGGGCUGGGGCGAGGAGUACAUGGGCUACACCAACACCGACAACCCCUUUGGUGACAACAACCUGCUGGGCGCCUUCAUCUGGAACAAGGCCCUGGAGAAGAAGGGGAUCAGCCAUCUGGAGGAGAAAGAGCUGAAGGAGCGGAACAAGAGGAUCCAGGAGGACAACCGGCUAGAGCUACAGAAGGUGAAGCAGCUGCGGCUGGAGCGGGAGCGGGAGAAGGCCAUGCGGGAGCAGGAGCUGGAGAUGCUGCAGCGGGAGAAGGAAGCAGAGCACUUCAAGACAUGGGAGGAGCAGGAGGACAACUUCCACCUCCAGCAGGCCAAGCUGCGCUCCAAGAUCCGCAUCCGGGAUGGGCGGGCCAAGCCCAUUGAUCUGUUGGCCAAGUACAUCAGCGCUGAGGACGACGACCUGGCCGUGGAGAUGCACGAGCCCUACACUUUCCUCAAUGGCCUCACGGUGGCCGACAUGGAGGACCUGCUGGAGGACAUCCAGGUGUACAUGGAGCUGGAGCAGGGCAAGAAUGCCGACUUCUGGCGGGACAUGACCAUCAUCACGGAGGAUGAGAUCUCCAAACUCCGCAAGCUGGAAGCCUCGGGCAAGGGGCCAGGUGAGCGGCGAGAGGGGGUCAAUGCCUCGGUCAGUUCUGAUGUGCAGUCGGUCUUCAAGGGGAAGACGUACAGCCAGCUGCAGGUCAUCUUCCAGGGCAUCGAGGGAAAGAUCCGGGCCGGGGGCCCCAACCUGGACAUGGGCUACUGGGAGAGCCUGCUGCAGCAGCUGCGCGCCCACAUGGCACGUGCCAGGCUCCGAGAGCGGCACCAGGAUGUGCUGCGGCAGAAGCUGUACAAACUGAAACAGGAGCAGGGGGUGGAGAGCGAGCCCCUGUUCCCCAUUCUCAAGCAGGAGCCGCAGUCUCCCAGCCACAGUGUGGAGCCAGAGGACCCCGCUCCCACCCCGCCUGGACCCUCCUCGGAGGGCGGUGCUGAGGCCGAGGUGGCAGAAGGAGCAGCGCCGGCGGAGGCCGAGGCCGAUGGGGAGGCGGUGCUCAUGGAAGAAGAUCUGAUCCAGCAGAGCCUGGACGACUACGACGCUGGCAAGUACAGCCCGCGGCUGCUCACAGCCCAUGAGCUGCCACUGGACGCCCACGUGCUGGAGCCAGAUGAAGACCUGCAGCGCCUGCUGCUGUCCCGGCAGCAGCUCCAGGUCACAGGCGACGCAAGCGAGAGCGCCGAGGACAUCUUCUUCCGGCGGGCCAAGGAGGGCAUGGGCCAGGACGAGGCACAGUUCAGCGUGGAGAUGCCGCUGACCGGCAAAGCCUACCUGUGGGCUGACAAGUACCGGCCGCGGAAGCCGCGCUUCUUCAACCGUGUGCACACAGGCUUCGAGUGGAAUAAGUACAACCAGACGCACUAUGACUUCGACAACCCCCCGCCCAAGAUCGUGCAGGGCUACAAAUUCAACAUCUUCUAUCCAGACCUCAUCGACAAGCGCUCCACGCCCGAGUACUUCCUGGAGGCCUGCUCCGACAACAAGGACUUCGCCACCCUGCGCUUCCACGCUGGGCCACCCUACGAGGACAUCGCCUUCAAGAUUGUGAACCGCGAGUGGGAAUACUCCCACCGCCAUGGCUUCCGCUGCCAGUUUGCCAAUGGCAUCUUCCAGCUCUGGUUCCACUUCAAGCGCUACCGCUACCGGCGGUGAUGGCCAGGCCUCGUCCCGGAGCCCUGCGACCUCCCCGGCGGGCCUGCAAAGCUGGCAGCCUCCUCCCCUCUGGCAGAGUGUGAACAGGGGUCACGGCAGAGCCUCCCUCGAAAAGUUCAGGGGACACAUGGACAGGCUGGCCUGGGGCGCUGAAGCACGGGAGGAGCUGCUGAUGGAAUUUUCAGAGCCAGGGAACUCAACACGAGUCACACGACCAAGCCCCACAUCACCUGCCCUAAGCCAGGGCUGCUGGGAGCUUGCCAGGUGUUGAUCAGCCCCUCUACAUGGCCGGCAGUUGCAGGACCGGCGGGAUCCAGGUUCCAGGCCAUCCAGGGCCACCAUCAGCUCUGCUGUCCCCCCAGCUCGCCCAUGGUGCUGGCUGUGGGUCAGUCUCCUCCCGAUGGGCAUGGAGGACAUGACAUCACCCACCAUCAGGUCUGGGAACAUCCUUCCAUGGCCGUAGAGCGCAAGAGUUCCCAUGACCUAGCCCUUGGGUGUGGCUGCAGUGCCUCCUCUGGCCUGGUCCUUUGGGCAUCCCUCAAGGCAGCUUCCUUCCCAGCUGCCAGAGCUGCCCUCCUCAUCCCUUGUCCCAGACAGGGACAGACGAGGGCCUGACAGGUACGAUCACUCACCCAGUCACAGACUGAAAUCAUCCACCAGGCCAGCCAACCCUAGAAACAGAUAUUUUUUUUUCCUGCAUCCACGGCAUGCAGAAGUCCCCAGGCCAGGGAUCGAACCCACGCCAUGGCAGUGACCCCAGCCACUAUAGUGACAACACUGGCUACCCGCUGUGCUACCAGCGAACUCCCAGGGACAGAUUUCUUUUUAACUUUUUCUUAUGGAGAUAUUUCCAACCUUAAGUGGGAAGAAGCCUCAAGGGCCGCUUUCCAGCUCCUCAGACAGCGCUGCCCAAACACCCUGUUUCACCUGGAAACAUUUCAGGUUAUUUCUCUAAAAAGACUUUUUUAGGUGGGGGGGAGGGGAAAUCUUGUUUAUUUUCAUUUAAUUGAUCUACUUGUGAGAUUGCAUGUUUUUUUAAUAAACAUUUUAUUUUAGAUUAA